CUAAUCAGUGCGUUCGAGUGAACUGCACUGAGGGUAUCACCCUUACACGUGCGGCAACAUAUUGGUCGCGAAUAAUGUCUUGGAAUCUCUUGGUAAAUUGGCUUCUCUUGAAGUCAUAAAUUUUGAGCAAACCUUUUUGAGCGGUGCUCUUCAGAAUAUUGCUUUCAAAAAUCUCAAGAACUUGCGAGAUUUGCGUCUAGGAUUCAAUCAGUUGAGUGGAAGCAUCCCAGCUUCCUUAUUUGAGCUUCCUCACCUUCAAUAUUUGGAUCUUUCAGAAAAUCUCCUUCAAGGACAUAUACCGGAACGCUCAAAAACUUGCGAGAAUCCAAUCAACUGAAUGGUAGCAUCCCAACGUAUUUAUUUGAGCUUCCACGCCUCAAAUACUUGGAUCUUUCGGCAAAUCUCCUUGAAGGACAUAUACCUAUAAUCUCACCUUGGAAUCUUUGUUUAUCGCUUCAAACUCUCAAGUUAGCAGCAAAUAAUCUAAAUGGAAAGUUUGAUUUCUUUUGGCUACGGAACUGUGCCAUGCUAAAGGAGGACCAAAUUUAUUUGGCACACAACGUCAUCUGCAAUUCCUUGAUCUGUCCAACAACAAUUUUUCAGGGAGCCUGCCCAACUGGAUGUUUAUAAAUGAAGCGCCUUUGCUCUACCUGGGUCUUGCACAUAACUCGCUAGUAGGCUCAUUGGAUCAUCUGAUGUGGCACCUGCAACAAUCGAAUCUCCAACUGAUCAACAUAUCUAUGAACUAUUUCACAGGACAGCUUCCAAUGGAGAUCAGCUCAGUAUUUCCGAAUCUGACAAUUCUUGAUGCUUCUUACAAUAAUAUUUUUGGACAUUUACCACCAUCUCUGUGCAACAUUAACUCCUUGCAACUUUUGGAUCUAUCAAACAAUAAACUUACAGGAGAAGUGCCAGCUUGCUUAUUCACUGAGUGUUGGUCGCUGGAAUUCCUGAGGCUCUCAAACAACAGUCUUGGGGGUCCGAUACUUGGUGGGGCUAAUAAACAUUUGUCUACUUCCGGAGGAGCAAUAUAUCUUGAUAGCAACUAUUUUGAGGGGCCAUUGCCUAACAAUUUAUCAGGUGAUGUGGUAAUCAUGGAUUUUCAUGAUAAUAAAUUGUCAGGUGAACUUGAUGUAUCAUUUUGGAAUAUUCCUUCAUUAGAAUUUCUUAGUGUUGCUAGCAACGGUUUAACUGGUAAAAUUUAUCCAACGAUCUGCAAAUUGACUGGUCUUAGCUAUUUGGAUAUAUCCAAUAACGACUUUGAAGGAUCUAUGCCAAACUGCAGCAGUAAGUUAAUGCUGUAUUUUCUGAACAUGUCGAGCAAUACCCUCUCAGGAUUUCCUAGUUAUUUUUCUAGUAGCUCCAACGUUGAAGUUCUCGAUAUAAGAUAUUACCGGUUCAUGGGCAGUCUUGAUUGGAUACUAGAUCUUUAUCAUAUAAAACUUCUCUUGUUGGGCGGGAAUAUGUUUGAGGGGCAUAUCUCUGCAGAACUCUGUCAUCUCCAGUACUUGAAUAUUGUUGAUUUGUCGCACAACAGACUUUCAGGUUCAUUGCCACCUUGCAUUGGUGCUAUCCCAUUUGGAUACCAUACUGAUGAUGAUGAUUUUUUAUCCACUUAUUUCUAUGAUAUGGCCUUUUAUUUUGCUGUGGGGCUUUCUAAGGUGGAUUACGGCGAUCUGUGGCCCGUGUAUGACUCGCCCUUGUAUGGCGCCAAUUAUUUCUUCCAAGGCUUCACCUUCUCAACUAAAGGAAACAUUUACUCAUAUAGCCGUGGCUUCUACAAACUCAUGUUCGGCAUUGACUUAUCGGCGAACAUGUUAUCAGGGGAGAUCCCUUGGGAGAUAGGGAAUCUGAGCCAUGUCAAGUCCCUCAACCUAUCGCAUAAUUUCUUUAUUGGUCAAAUCCCAGCUACCUUUGCAAACAUGAGCGCCCUAGAAAGCCUGGACUUGUCCCAUAAUGAGUUGAGCGGGCCUAUACCAUGGCAAUUGACUCAAAUGUCAUCUUUGGAGGUGUUCUCUGUGGCCUACAACAACUUAUCAGGGUGCAUACCGAACUCUGGUCAGUUUAGCUCGUUCAAUAUGGGGAGCUACAGCUACCUGGGCAACACAAACCUUCAGAAUUCGUCACAGGGGAACCAGUGUUCUGUUCUGGGCCCUAUGGAAGUAGAAGAUGUGGGCGAGGCAUCUGAUGAUCCCGUCCUUUAUAUUAUAUGUGCCGCCUCAUUCGUAUUGGCAUUCUGGGCAACUGUUGCAUUCUUGUUCUGCCUUCCAUUUGGACGGCGUGUGAUGCUUCAACUAUAGUUCAUCACAACUGUUGUUGGGCAGGUGCAACCAAUGUUUUUCUUUUUAUUCGAGUUAAAACCAUGUAUUCUUGAUAUUUUUGUUAUGUGAAGCUCUGGAACAAGCUUAGUGGUGUGUAAUAGUGUCACCUUUUUCUUCGAGAAUGGCUCCAUCACAUUGAACCCUUUUGACUUGUUCUGAGAGGAAUGUAUCAGACUGUACAAUUCAACAGUAUGGAGUAGCAUUCUGAAAUA